UGGCUGGCCAUCCACAAGUGCAAAAACAAAACAAUAAUUCAAAGAAAACCACUUGCCUCACUUCCAACUCAAAAUUCACCCAUAAUCCUCCACUAAAAAGCUCAAGCAAAGAUGAAGGCAAUCAUCAUUUCAGCCAUUGUAGUGUUGGCCAUGAUUCAGCUCAUGUUUGAGCCAGCACAAGCCCUCACUUGUGGGCAAGUGAAUGCUUCAUUGGCACCAUGCAUUCCAUACCUUACUCAAGCUUGCUGCAGUGGAGUGAAAAGCCUGAAAGGAUUGGCGCAAAGCACAGCUGACAAAAAGGUGGCUUGCAAUUGUGUCAAGGCUGCUGCUAACCGAUAUGCAAAUCUUAAAGAUGACGCAGCUCAAGCUCUUCCCACCAAGUGUGGUGUCACCCUGGAUACCCCUAUCUCCAGAAAUGUUAACUGUGAUGCCAUCAGUUAUUAAAAGACAGGAGGAAACUAUAAGCAUCUGCAAGAAAAUAAAGAAGGAUGACUUCUCAGUGAAUCCUUAUAUAUCUUUUGCCUACUUUACACUACUUGUAAAAUAAUGGUCCUGAUUUGCAUGAUGCGGGGGAACCAAUUUUCUGUACUCUAAGCUUUAUACAGUUAUUCAAGCUCUGUGA